AUGGCGCAAGAGGACCUCGUGGUCGACGGUCGCGAAGACCUGCAUAUCGGUGGUGAGCGCGUUUCUAAUGAAAACGAAGCCAAGGAUGAUGCGGCUUUGCUGCAAACCAUGGGCUAUAAGCCGGUGCUUCACCGAACUUACACGCUCUUUGAGAACUUCUCAACCACUUUCGCUGCGCUUUACUUCGUCGGUGGUGUGCGCGUAACCUACAGUACCGGUAUUGCGGCAGGUGGAAACCUGGCCUACUGGACUAGCUACUUGGUCACUUUAGUCUUCACUUUUAUCACCGCGUCUGUCAUUGCCGAGGUUUGCUCUGCUUCUCCCUCCGCGGGAUCUAUCUAUCUGUGGGCCGCUGAAGCUGGUGGCCCCCGGUAUGGUCGUUUGCUAGGAUUUAUUGUUGCAUGGUGGAGUACCACGGCAUGGACCACCUUCUGUGCCAGUAACACUCAAGCUGCUGCAAACUACAUGCUUGCUGAACUUACUGUGUUCAACGUCGACUUCCCUCAAGACACCGAUAGUGUCAAGUUCCGCGCUGUGCAAUGGGUCUGUACUGAGGUUUUCCUUGCCUUGGCUGCUCUCCUGAACUUCAUGCCUCCCCGUUACUUCAGGUAUGUCUUCUGGGUGUCAUCUGGGUUUGUGAUGUUGGACUUCUUCCUCAACCUUAUAUGGUUGCCCAUUGGUGCUGCCAACACUUGGGGCUUCCGGACAACCCACGAGGCUUUCAUGACAACUUACAACGGAACCGGUGCCCCCGAGGGCUGGAACUGGUGUCUUUCUUACCUGGCUACGGCCGGUAUCCUGAUCGGCUUCGAUGCCUCUGGUCACGUUGCUGAAGAGACUAAGAACGCCUCGAUCACCGCCGCCCGUGGCAUUUUCUGGAGUACCGUCGUUAGUGGUAUUGGCGGCCUGGCCACCAUUAUCUUGUUCUUGUUCUGUUCGCCCACCGCCGACGUUCUCAUGGGUUUCGGCUCCCCGCAGCCUUUUGUUCCCUUGUACGCGGUCGUCUUAGGCCAAGGUGGCCACAUUUUCAUGAACAUCGUGUGCAUUAUCGCACUUUGGCUGAACACUGCUAUCGCUAUCAUUGCUGCCUCUCGUCUCGUCUUCGCUGUCGCCCGUGAUGGUGUCCUCCCUUUCUCGGGAUGGGUCUCCAAAAUCCACGAUGGUCAGCCUCGAAACGCUGUUAUCGUAGUCUGGGGUGUUGCAGCUCUUAUUUCCUGCACCAUCCUGCCUUCGAAUGUGGCUUUCACUUCCCUCGUUUCAGCUGCCGGUGUACCCAGUGCUGCUGCCUAUGGUCUCAUUUGUCUUGGACGCCUCUUCUGUACCCCUGACCGGUUCCCCAAACCACAGUGGAGUCUUGGCCGUUGGAGCAAGCCCUUCCAGUUUAUUGGCGUCUUCUGGAACGGCUGGGUUGUGGCUGUUCUUUUCUCACCUUAUGAGUGGCCUGUCACGGCGGCUAACUUGAACUACGCCCCCAUCAUCAUGGCUUGUGUUACGAUCAUCGCCUUGGCCUGCUACUUCAUCAUGCCUGAGAGCGCUUGGCUCCCGAAUGAGCGGAUCACGCAUUUCAUCGACUCGAAGGGUGCCACUAACACGGUCGAGGAGGUCGACUCCUCGAUCCAGGGCGAGCCAAAUGCCGACCGGACGUGA